GCCUUCGCACAGGAGGCUUUGACUGACCUGGCGAGAUGAUAUUUCUCGUGUCGGUGGUGGUGGCGCUGUGCCUGAUAAUCCGGCUCUUCCCCUGGCUGCUGUACCGCGGCAGGAACAUGCUCCUGACCAUUUGCGAAUCCGUUUGGUGCUGCUUCGUGCGCUCUCCCGAUGACAGCUCAUACGAGGACCAUGCCUAUGACUGCGAAGACGACGACACCAACAGCAGCGUGGUCAAGUGCAUCGACCUCACUGUCUUCGAGUACUCCGAGAGCAAAAGGGCCGCGAUGAUGACGGCGGACACUCAGUCGGGCCCCACGAGCAGCACCGACAACAGCAGCGCCGACACGUGCAGCACGUGCGGGAGCAACAGGGACUCGGCAACAUCUUCAUGCGCAACCGACCCGUCGUCCAUCACGCCCCCCACCUCCCCCCACCCCUACAGCACUGACGCCAAGAGCAACCGCUCCAACACAGACGCGAGGCAAGAACCAUUACCCCCCCGAGCGCCUCCCCCAUUACCGCCAUGCAAGCCUUCAUCUGGUGGUUCCGUCACGUCGUCCUUUUCCCUGACUGGCAAUGAGGUCUGCUGCGUGUGCCUUUGCGAAUAUGAGGAGGGGGAGAUCUGUGCGCGGACGUCCAACCGCGACACCGGCUGCAGACACGUGUGGUAAGCAGUCAGCUGACUGACCAUGCAGUCAGUCUUCACCCGUCAUCCAUCUGUGUGUGUGUGUGUGUGUGUGUGUGGAUGCAGGCACAAGAGUUGUAUAGAGAACUGGAUAAAGGAAGGGCACUGGUCGUGCCCCAUCUGCCGCGCGUCGCUGCUGUCCUCUUCCUCCCACUCCCCGCCCCACUGCUCGCCCCGGCACGAAUCGCCACCCGUCGGCCCAUUACAAAUGGCCGUCGGCCCAUCCUCACGAUCGACGGCCAUGACGCCCCCUUUGCUGCAGAGCAUCCUGCGGCCCCACGCACGGGCGGUGACGGCCGGUGCCGGCUCGGCCAUUCCUGCUGCUGCUGCUGCUGCUGCCGCGUCGAGUGAUGGGAGCCCUUCUGAGAUGGAGAACGAGUGCAUCGACAUUGAGUCUGUUGAGGACAGUGACGUCGAUGAGGACGACGUGUCGUGACUGAAUGGAGUAGAUCUGUUCCUGUGGCCUGCUCGUGUGUUGAUGAUCUAUUUAUUGCAUUUUUCCUCCCCUAGCUCAGAUGUGCGUGUCGGCUUUUGUUUUUCCUUACUGUCUUUGGUGCCUGUACGUCUGUGAGUGUGUGGUUGAUUGUGAGAUGAUUAUUGAUCGCUGGCUGAGGGCGUGGCGUUUUUCGGUAUCCAUUCUUUGUGCGUAGCUGUGCUGUUCUGUGUGGCCUUAGCUCAUGCAUGCGAUGCGUGUGUGCAGUCACUCCUUUUUUCGCACGGACUGACUGACUGACUGCAGCUGUCCGAUGGAUGAGACAACCUCUGCCCGUGUGACUGUGUAUGUGUAUGUGUUGACAAAGCUAGUUGUGAGUGCAAUCGCACUGGUGAGCUCUGAUGUCUUCAUGUCGGUGAUGCACGCAUAUGGGAUGUUUGUUUGACAGACACUGACGUACACAGCAACACCCAUACACACCAUCACAUGAUCACACUAUGGAUGGAGGGAUGGAUGGAUGGAUGUAGCCCGGUUACGGCGUCUUUGUCUGCCUGUCUGCCCGCCCGGCCACCGGCUGUCUACUGACAGCACCGGAGGGACGGCCGUCAAACCAUUCACUUGCCUCUUC